AUGAAUUGGGUCGGUGGUUCAAGGUGAGUUUGACAGCUAGCUAGCUAACGUUAGCACUUUUCCAGAUGUGCUUGUUGACAGUCUGUGUGGAACGAGUUUUAGAAAACCUGCUUGUUAGCAAGUAUUCAACAUUAACUUUAUCUUUCUUUGUCAAAUAACAUUACAACUGUUACAGAACUGUUACUAUUUAACAAAAAUAUUAUAUUGACCCCCUUUUUAAUAGCAAUUUUAACUUGAUUUCCCAUUAUCAAUAUUACAGGAACCGGUUUAUGAUGAGAAAUGACAUGAAAAAGCAGAGGGUAAGUUAAACCCACAGUGGCCUUGAAUAAGGUACCAUAUUGUAUACAUUAUAAUACCGUAUAUGUGACAUGAUAAUACAUAUGCCAACAUUUUAUCAGGAAUUCUUUGAAAAGAAGAAAAUGCAGAGAAAGAUGAAAACCUUACGAAUGCCAACCUCUCCUAAAGGAGCCAGCUCUGGAAGUAUGGACCUGGUGACUUUAUUCAUAGUAAACCAGAUUGCUGCAAAGAAAGAAAACAAUAGUGAGUUCAGACAGGCAUCUAUACAUUAUGGAUAAAUACUAAUAACAUUGAAAAAGGAUCCCACCCACCCACAACAAUGACUUGGUUUGUUCCAGAUCAGCCAAAGAUAACUCACAUCACUGAUGAUAAAGGAGGACCCAAGUCGAUGAGGGAGGGGCCCCUGGAGUUACCCAUGAGCCCUUGCUCCCCGUCACGGCUUUCCCUUGUGGAGAGCCAGCCUUUGUACAGGUAUCGGUUAUAUAUAUCAAGCAAUUAUAGAAUCAUUCUAGGAGGACAAAGUGAAACAGUAGCUCAUCUUUAAUGAUAUUCAAGUAUUUGUAAUAACGGCACUGUACUACUGAUGUAUUUUAGUGUCCAGGCAGUUAGAAAGAGAAAGCACUGCAUUCCUAAUGGAUUCACGUGUAGACAGGUCAGUCACAUUUACUCACACUGAUUAAUCUUUUCUAACAGCACAAAUAAAUCACCUUACAUCACAAGUACUCUUUUUACCAUAUUUCUGAACAUACAGAUACAGUAAGCUUUAUGGAAAUGAUGACUCAACCUUGUGACAUUUGGCUGGUUCAUUGAUUGUUGCUCUCAGCUCUCACCAGUGCUGGAGUCGAACAUGUCAGACACCUGUACGUCAGACUACCAGCAACACAUCCAGGACACCCUGAGCCCAUUCUCCUCAGCAUCGUCGUCAGUCUCCUCCUCAGGGGCAGGCCUGUUCUCCCUCCAGCAGAGAGCACAGGUCCUGCCACAGCCACAUUGCUCCCCUAGACCCCCCUGGGAUACCUCCACCUCAGAGCAACCACAGGUAUUCAUUCAAAUACAUUCAUAGUAACAGUAUUUCUUCAUUUAGAAUGGAUUUAACCCCACCUCUACCCCACAAACACAUGAAACAAAGACAAAUUAAUGUGCAUUAAUUCCACUGUACUAACAGUGUUGGAAAGAUAAAGUAUAACUGAAACCUAAUGGAUAUUUGAUUUUGUAGUUUAGACCUUUCUCUCAGCCAGGAGGGAGGAGAGAGUGUGCCCCGUGGGCCACAGGACCAAGUGGACCCAAACAGCAGCAGAACAUGACCCCCCCAGUGUCUAGGGUACUGUUUGGAGGCACAGAGCCUGAGUGAGUACUGAACUGAAAUAUCAAAGAUGUGUUUUUACCUGAUAUGCAGGAAAUGUUGAUUUUCUUUAUCCAUCUUCUGUUCGUACAUUAUUGAAAUUGACAACCCCCCCCGAGCUGAUAUUCUAUUUUUCCUGAUUUCAAUUGCUGUAUUGAUUACAUCUGUGAAGAUAGAAGUAUUAGUGGAUAUUUCCGUAACUUAUGCACUGACUAAUGGGGUGUGCAUCUGCCUACCCAGUAGCACAGAGACCAGAGACCAUGCCAUGCACACAGUGGGGUUCUCUAUCAACCAAUCGGAGGGCAAAGACCACACCUUUGAGUUCUCUCUCAAAGAUCAGACAAUGGAGUUUUCUCUCAACCAAUUAGAGAGUGAAGAGCAACAUGAAGAAGCACUCUUCAGGGCCUGCAGUAAUGAAGAAUAUGGAAGUGAAGGUACUGUACCAGUGUGUCCCAAAUGGCACCCUAUACCCUAUAUAGUGUCCUACUUUUGAACAGGUUCCAUAGUGCUCUGGUCAGAAGUAGAGCACUUUGUACGUAAUAGGGUGCCAUUUGCUACGCAGACACUGUGCAUUAUGUAGGCUAUUAAUCACUAAAACUAUGAUACAUGUUUUUGCAGAAAGUUUGCCAAUCUCUCUUUACUGACAUACUGUAUGUAUGUCAAUUCAUCCCAGCAUGUAAUUUUAAGAAGGGGAUGCCUAAGAUAUAUCUCAAGGAGGAAGUACCGACAACAUCUUCCAGAGAUGUGAAGGAAUCACUGAUCCGAGGCCCUGAACCUGAUUUCCUGACUCAGGUAAUUGCAGGCAGCAGCAUUACAUCAGGUGUCUACUGCCACCUAGUGGCAGAAUUUGAAUAAUUUCAGAGCUAAACAAUGAUGACAAUAUAUUACAGUACCAUUUAGCAUUUUACAUACGGGUGGUCCCGGAAAUCGAACCCACUAUCCUGGCGUUGCAUGUACCAUGCUCUACCAACUGAGCCACAGUGGACCUGAUGAUAGUAUGAUGAUACACUACUGUUCAAAAGUUUGGGGUCACAUCGAAAUGUCCUUGUUUUCCAUGAAAACAUACAUGAAAUGAGUUUGAAUAGGAAAUAUAGCAAAAUGAAUAGGAAAUGUAGUCAUUGACAAGGUUAGAAAUAAUGAUUUUUAAUUGAAAUAAUAAUUGUGUUCUUCAAACUUUGCUUUCGUCAAAGAAUCCUCCAUUUGCAGCAAUUACAGCCUUGCAGACCUUUGGCAUUCUACUUGUCAAUUUGUUGAGGUAAUCUGAAGAGAUUUCACCACAUGCUUCCUGAAGCACCUCCCACAAGUUGGAUUGGCUUGAUGGGCACUUCUUACGGUCAAGCUGCUCCCACAACAGCUCAAUAGGGUUGAGAUCCGGUGACUGUGCUGGCCACUCAAUUAUAGACAGAAUACCAGCUGAUUGCUUCUUCCCUAAAUAGUUCUUGUAUAGUUUGGAGCUGUGCUUUGGGUCAUUGUCCUGUUGUAGGAGGAAAUUGGAUCCAAUCAAGCGCCGUCCAUAGGGUAUGGCAUGGCGUUGCAAAAUUGAGUGAUAGCCUUCCUUCUUCAAGAUCCCUUUUACCUUGUACAAAUCUCCCACUUUACCACCACCAAAGCACCCCCAGACCAUCACACUGCCUCCACCAUGCUUGACAGAUGGCAUCAAGUACUCCUCCAGCAUCUUUUCAUUUGGUCUGUGUCUCACAAACUUCGAUUCGUCUGUCCAUAACACUUUUUUCAAAUUUUCCUCUGUCCAGUGUCUGUGAUCUUUUGCCCAUCUUAAUAUUUUCUUUUUAUUGGCCAGUCUGAGAUACAGUGAGGGAAAAAAGUAUUUGAUCCCCUGCUGAUUUUGUACGUUUGCCCACUGACAAAGACAUGAUCAGUCUAUAAUGUUACUGGUAGGUUUAUUUGAACAGUGAGAGACAGAAUAACAACAAAAAAAUCCAGAAAAACGCAUGUCAAAAAUGUUAUAAAUUGAUUUGCAUUUUAAUGAGGGAAAUAAGUAUUUGACCCCUAUGCAAAACAUGACUUAAUACUUGGUGGCAAAACCCUUGAUGGCAAUCACAGAGGUCAGACGUUUCUUGUAGUUAGCCACCAGGUUUGCACACAUCUCAGGAGGGAUUUUGUCCCACUCCUCUUUGCAGAUCUUCUCCAAGUAAUUAAGGUUUCGAGCCUGACGUUUGGCAACUCGAACCUUCAGCUCCCUCCACAGAUUUUCUAUGGGAUUAAGGUCUGGAGACUGGCUAGGCCACUCUAGGACCUUAAUGUGCUUCUUCUUGAGCCACUCCUUUGUUGCCUUGGCCGUGUGUUUUGGGUCAUUGUCAUGCUGGAAUACCCAUCCACGACCCAUUUUCAAUGCCCUGGCUGAGGGAAGGAGGUUCUCACCCAAGAUUUGACGGUACAUGGCGCCGUCCAUCGUCCCUUUGAUGCAGUGAAGUUGUCCUGUCCCCUUAGCAGAAAAAUACCCCCAAAGCAUAAUGUUUCCACCUCCAUGUUUGACGGUGGGGAUGGUGUUCUUGGGGUCAUAGGCAGCCUCCUCCUCCAAACACGGCAAGUUGAGUUGAUGCCAAAGAGCUCGAUUUUGGUCUCAUCUGACCACAACACUUUCACCCAGUUUUCCUCUGAAUCAUUCAGAUGUUCAUUGGUAAACUUCAGACGGGCCUGUACAUGUGCUUUCUUGAGCAGUGGGACCUUGCGGGCGCUGCAGGAUUUCAGUCCUUCACGGCGUAGUGUGUUACCAAUUGUUUUCUUGGUGACUAUGGUCCCAGCUGCCGUGAGAUCAUUGACAAGAUCCUCCCGUGUAGUUCUGGGCUGAUUCCUCACUGUUCUCAUGAUCAUUGCAACUCCACGAGGUGAGAUCUUGCAUGGAGCCCCAGGCCGAGGGAGAUUGACAGUUGUUUUGUGUUUCUUCCAUUUGCGAAUAAUCGCACCAACUGUUGUCACCUUCUCACCAAGCUGCUUGGCGAUGGUCUUGUAGCCCAUUCCAGCCUUGUGUAGGUCUACAAUCUUGUCCCUCACAUCCUUGGAGAGCUCUUUGGUCUUGGCCAUGGUGGAGAGUUUGGAAUCUGAUUGAUUGAUUGCUUCUGUGGACAGGUGUCUUUUAUACAGGUAACAAGCUGAGAUUAGGAGCACUCCCUUUAAGAGUGUGCUCCUAAUCUCAACUCAUUACCCGUAUAAAAGACACCUGGGAGCCAGAAAUCUUUCUGAUUGAGAGGGGGUCAAAUACUUAUUUCCCUCAUUAAAAUGCAAAUCAACUUGUAACAUUUUUGACAUGCAUUUUUCUGGAUUUUUGUUGUUGUUAUUCUGUCUCUCACUGUUCAAAUAAACCUACCAUAAAAAUUAUAGACUGAUCAUUUCUUUGUCAUUGGGCAAAUGUACAAAAUCAGCAGGGGAUCAAAUACUUAUUUCCCUCACUGUAUGGCUUUUUCUUUGCAACUCUGCCUAGAAGGUCAGCAUCCCGGAGUCGCCUCUUCACUGUUGACGUUGAGACUGGUGUUUUGCGGGUACUAUUUAAUGAAGCUGCCAGUUGAGGACCUGUGAGGCGUCUGCUUCUCAAACUAGACACUUUAAUGUAUUUGUCCUCUUGCUCAGUUGUGCACCGGGGCCUCCCACUCCUCUUUCUAUUCUGGUUAGAGACAGUUUGCGCUGUUCUGUGAAGGGAGUAGUACACAGCGUUGUACGAGAUCUUCAGUUUCUUGGCAAUGUCUUGCAUGGAAUAGCCUUAAUUUCUCAGAACAAGAAUAGACUGAGUUUCAGAAGAAAGUUAUUUGUUUCUGGCCAUUUUGAUCCUGUAAUCGAACCCACAAUUGCUGAUGCUCCAGAUACUCAACUAGCCUCAAGAAGGCCAGUUUUAUUGCUUCUUUAAUCAGCACAACAGUUUUCAGCUGUGCUAACAUAAUUGCAAAAGGGCUUUCUAAUGAUCAAUUAGCCUUUUAAAAUGAUAAACUUGGAUUAGCAAACACAACGUGCCAUUGGAACACAGGACUGAUGGUUACUGAUAAUGGGCCUCUGUAUGCCUAUGUAGAUAUUCCAUAAAAAAUCAGCCAUUUCCAGCUACAAUAGCCAUUUACAACAUUAACAAUGUCUACAGUGUAUUUCUGAUCAAUUUGAUGUUAUUUUAAUGGAGAAAAAAGUUGCUUUUCUUUCGAAAACAAGGACAUUUCUAAGUGACCCCAAACUUUUGAACAGUAGUGUAGGUUAAGGUAAGGGGAAAUGUGUUCAUACGGUGAAGGCUAGCCUGUUUCAUUGUUACGUCUGUAUUCCAACAGGUUUCCAACUGCACUGAUGUCAGCUCAUGUAAGUUUCCACACUAUAUUCAAAAUCAUCUACUGUUCAGUGUUCACCAUCUGUCUGACACUGAUAGGCUGAGUCCCAAAUGGCACCCUAUUCGCUAUAUAGUGCCAUAUAAGGAAUAAUAGGGUGUCAUUUGGGACGCAGCCUGGUAGAGACUUACCUGCAGACGUGUCUUCAGCUUGUCCUGGAAACACUCAUCAUGGUCCUAAGGAAUGCUGUGAAUCAUCGCCCAGUUACUCUCCAAGAGGAGGUUACUUCAGUUCAGACUCUGAUGAUGACGUAAGUAAACAAUUAAUACUGUAUACAUCUGCUUUGGUUAAUGUACUGUAAGGGGAUGCUUUGAUUUCCCAUAGAUCCCAUAGGCCUAUCCUUAUUGACUUGUAAUUCAUUAUUGGUAACACUUUACAUUUAGUUGCUCUUAUAAGUCUGUGUAAUUACUGUUUAAUAACAUGUUGUUACAUAAUAACUGCUUUGCAUUUACAUGGUCCCAGAUCUGUUGGUGUUGUCUUGUCAACUCCAUUGCUGUCACGUAACGUAACAAUGACAGCAAUGGAGUUGACAAGACAGCACAAACAGAUCUGACACUCAUGCUACAUAUUUUUAUACUCAUCUUUAAAUGUCAUAUCAGGAGAUUGAGGAUUAUCACCAGUGUCACCAGGGUGGAUCCUCACAGUCACACACAGUGAGGUCUUGUAGUGAAGAGAUCCCUGUCCUCAGCCAGGCCUCAUCACAUUGGAACACACAACACCGAGGUCACCCUCAGUCUCAACCCAGACCUUACACCCCACCCUCUAGGCCUCAAUGCACAGGGAACUGUGGAAACGACCAGAGAGAUCAUAAAGACCAGAGAGCUGUGGAGAGCUCAGGCUACUCUGAGAGACGGUCAGGCUGUGUAGUUACAGAUGACAGUGACAGCCAGGUUAGGGUUAUAGGCGAUCAGUAUGUCCCAUCUCGUCCUCUGUCUGAAUCACAGAGCUCUGAGGUCCAACAACAAAAGAUGGCAGCCACCAGAAGACGAGAAACACAAACGCGAGAAAUGGGGACACAGACUGUCGGCAACAUCACCUCGAAAUGUCCAACGUCAGACGUUUCAACUCAGUGCAGUUUUGGACUGGAGUGUAAAGAAAACAACCUCAUGGACUCUGAAUCCCACAACAAUUCUGCUUACAGUGUAAUACCGACCCCAGCCACCAGAGGGCAGGCAAGUCAGAGAAAUGAGUCUUUAAGACAACAGACACACAGUGCAUUAUCAGACAGAUCCAGGAGGGAGAGAGAAGAGCACACGCCCCGGAGAAAAUCAACAGCCAGAGAGCUCAAGGCUGGACCUGGGCACCAUCCAUCAAUCAUCCCUUUAAACAACACUAACACUGAGAGUAGAGUGUAUAUUCAGAGACCCACUACCUCUAUACUAGACGCUCUCCUCGUCACCAAUGAUGUGCAAGGUAUAAAUAGCAAAUGUUUGAUGUAAUUGACUAAUCAGUGUAGCCGAAUAUAGACAUAUCUAUGGCAGAUGAUUUCCAAAUCAAUGCAAAAACUUCAUAUGUGGUGUAAUUGAUCAUAGCUCAUCGAUUGAAAGUAAAGCUAGUGAAUACGUGUAACAAGCACACGUUAUACUGCAAUUAUAUUUACUCUGAUCUGUAUAUGUUGACAUUCUCCCGAACAGUUUGUUGCAGUUAUUUUCUUACGGACCGAGAUUCAUUAUGGUGGUAUUUUCUUGUAUUUUCAGGUGGUAUUUUGAAAAUGGAUGUUGCUCCCUAAUUAUGUUUUUCUCUCUUCCAUCCAGACUUGAGAGGUGAGCAACUGCAGCAUAGAGGACAGGGAGAUGAAAGAGAGGUACAGGACCCUGUUGAGAAUGUUCCUCUUAGAGAAGACCUUCCAGAUGAGAGAGAGAGAGGAGAAAGGAGAGCAGAGGAGAGGGAGAGCAGAGGAGAGGAGAGGGAGGAGGUCACUGUUGAGAGCAGAGUUAACAGGCUUUCAGAGGAGGUUGAGACACUUCAGGAAAUAGCAGACAUUCUGCUCAUGCUGAAGCAGAGGAAAAAAUAUGAGUGA